AAUAAACCUGCAGAAUCCCAAAUUUUCCAGGUUCGCAUGCGACAUGAUCUCACAUGGUAACCACAAGCUGCGCAGCUCUGCAGCAAGGCAGUUACUUUAAGUCUUCGCUGAUUGGUUGUGGUAGGGUUCCGUAGACUUUGUAUGAUGGGGCUUUUUACAGUUUUGUCCCAAACGGUAUUUGCUUUUUGAAAUCCGAAUGCUGCGGGCUCAUUCUACGAAAUCAGCGCUAUCGAAUGAUCCGUAGAUGUAGUUGUAGUGAUCCAGACCGGGUUUUAAUCGCUCGUUUUCCUUAGCGCAUUCCCCUGCUGUUUCUGAUCUAGAUCUUUAUUCGGAUAUGGCUGCGAAUCAGGGAUAUGUGAAUUUUCAUGUUGUGGUUGUGGUUGACGACAAGGGACUGGCAUACCAUAGUGACAACGCAGUGCCCGGAUUGUAUCAUGCCGUAGUGGAUAAUCUGCCUUAUCCCCAAAAUCCUCUUCCCCCUCUUCAUCCUCAUCGCAUGUCUGCUCGUAGAUUGUUGGAAUUGCUGCAUGAGGUUAAUCGUGUUGGUCUCUUGGUGCUGCAGGAUACUAACAUCGAUAGUCAUCAGGGGCGUCCCGGAUGUCCCGACCAAAUAUGGCUUCGCGGACGCUGUGGAUAUGGAUAUAUCGACUCAUAUAUGCGAUAUUUCGCUGACAUUCGAGACGGUCUGAAUGAAAGCUGGGGCUACCGUGGCAUUGGGUUCACGCUGCAGAUAGCGCCGCAUGGUUCCGCUCAAGAGGGUGGUUUCGCAGACGCAGGAAAUGCGGACGAUGACCGUGAUGAGAGUGAUACUUUUUUUUGUUUCCGCCACAUGAGCCGCGAUUUCAACCGAUUGGAGCGUCAACUGUCUCGCGGAUCUGGCCCCAACCUUGGUUCUCUUGUUGACCGCUCCUAUCCGGUUAUGCCACAGUUUGUCGAGGAGAGCGGUCGCAAGUUGGCUCGCUUCCACUUCGAUGUUGGUGGCUUCAAGCCGGAGGAUGUUUCAAUAACAAUUGCCGACAACAAGGCCAUCAUCACUGCCAAGCAUGAAGAUAAGGGCGAGGAUCACCAUGCCAUUCGCGAGUUCCGCCGUAUGGUGCAGAUUGCCCAGGGUGUGCAGUUCGAGCAGAUGAAAUCUCGUCUGACCCCGGACGGUGUGCUGACCAUCGAGGCACCCUUCAAUCCACCGGCCAUUCAGCAGAACCAGCAUCAUGAGAUCCCUAUCAGCCAUGAGACUCGCAAGUGAUUAAGUCCCUGCCGCACUGGCUAGCUGAGGAUGUUGUCAUUGUACUUGGAAUUCUGUCUUACAUUUCCCUGAUUAUGAUCACAAUUAAUGCGCGCAUUAAUUAGCAUCUCGCUCUUUCGCACUGUUUUUUACUUAAUUUUGUCCUUGUGGAAGUUCGAUGGUGGUGUUCGAUAGUGGUGUUCGAUAGUGGUGUUCGAUAGUGUUUGAUAGUUUAAUUAAUUUUGUCCUUGUAGUAGUUCGAUGGUGGUGUUCGUUCACAACCGGUUUUCUCACACUUAA